AUGGCCGACAAUCCUGUUCCAGGAGAACCUGAUCCAGGGAAAUUAGAGCAAGGUAGGCAUGAACCUGCUCCAGGAGAAACUGAUCCAGUGAAACAUGAUCCAAUACUUCAGGAUGAAGAACUAGGACAGCGUGUUUACAGACAAAGGUCAAAGGAUAGUGAUUUAAAGAAACUACGCAAAAUUGAAGAUGAACUUUUAAGACUUAACACAAAAUAUUCAACGAUGAGUCAAACGAAGAAUGACCCAGCAUUCAUGUAUGAAAGUUCAAGAACAUUAGCUAGUUCAAUACCUAAGAGAGAAAAUAAGAGAGACUUCAUUGUGAAUCGGAAGACUUAUGUACAGCAUGAAACUAUAAAACGUUGUCCAAUUCAUAAACCUGAACAUUCAUUAUUGAGUUGCAGACAGUUUCUAAUCAGAACACCUGAAGAUCAACGCAAGUUCUUGAAAGAGAAACAUAUAUGUUUCAAGUGUUGUGAAUCGACAAGUCAUGGCUCACGUGACUGUAAAGUGAAAGUAAAGUGUGACAAAUGUGGGAGUACUAAUCACCGGACUUUAAUGCACGUCGACAGGUUGAAGAAAGUGAAUGACAAUCAUGUUGAACCUAGAGUAGAGCAUGGCGGGGAGAGUCGUUCAUCUGAAAAUGUAUCAUCCAAGUGUACAGUGUUAUGUGACAAACCUUCCAUUGGACGUUCAUGUGGAAAAAUUGUGUUGGUAAAUGUUUAUCUACAAGAUCAACCCAGCAAAGUUGAGAAAGUGUACGCCAUAUUGGAUGAUCAGAGCAAUAGGACACUUAUUUCCCUUAGUCUAUGUGACCGUCUAAAUGUUCAUGGACCUUCUCCCCAGUAUUCUCUCUCAUCAUGUGCAGGAACAACUACCAUGACAGGAAGAAGGAUUGAUGGCUUGUUUGUUCAAUCAGUGUCGAAUAAUUAUCAUUGUGAACUUCCAGUAGCAAUUGAAUGUGAUGAAAUUCCAAAUGAGAGGUCAGAAAUUCCCACACCUGAUGUUGCAUUUUCCCACAAACAUUUGAACUGUAUUGCACAUCAACUACCGUCAAUUAAAGAAAAUGUUAAUAUAGGAUUGUUAAUCGGCAGAGAUGUUCCAGAGGUACAUCAUGUGUUUGAUCAGAUUACUGGACCAAAAGGAGCCCCAUUCGCUCAAAAAUUAGGAUUAGGAUGGGUGAUAAUCGGCGAUGUUUGUCUUGGAAAAGUACACAAGCCUGACCAUGUGAAUGUUAUGAAAACUUCAAUUCUUAACAAUGGACGUGUGACACAGUUUGAACCUUGUGAAAACCAUUUUCAUGUGAAAGAAAUUCAUGCUACAGAAACUUGUGACACUUUGUUUCAUCGAUCACAUGAUGAUGACAAGAUAGGAUUGUCCUUGGAAGAUCGCAAAUUUCUAACCAUCAUGGAUCAAGAGUUCCACAGAGAUGAAAACAGCAAAUGGAUUGCUCCACUUCCAUUUCGUUCACCAAGGCCUGUUUUGCCAAAUAAUCGUCCACAAGCAUGGAGGAGAGCACAGAUUCUGGACGCAAGUCUGCAGAAAGACAAAGUGAAAAGAACUCAUUUCAUUGAAUUUAUGAAGAAAGUGUUUGACAGUGGUGCUGCUGAAGUAGCCCCUACUCUCAGCACAAAUGAUAAGGAAGUUGGUAUCUUCCCAUCUUUGGUGUGUACCACCCAAAGAAACCAAAUCAAGUGAGAGGAGUAUUUGACUCAUCCGCUGUCUACGAGGGAAUCUCACUCAACAAAGUGUUGAUGAAAGGACCUGACCGUACUAACAGUCUCCUUGGAAAAUUGAUUCGCUUCCGCAAGGACAAAUAUGCUCUCAUUGCCGACAUAGAACAGAUGUUCUACCAGUUUUAUGUUAAAGAGGAACAAAGAGACUUUCUUAGAUUUUUCUGGUACAAAAAUAAUAAUCCAGAACUCCCUCUCAUCGAGUACC